UACUACUCUACUGGCAACCACUCCCAUCUCAUUUUCACGCGGUACAUAAACCCCUCUCCUCUUCGUUUCCACUCAUUCCUUCUUAAACCCUCUCUAGAUUAGACUUCCUUUUCCAUUAACGAUUCCUCUUUGCAUACUCUCUCCCCCUCUCACUAAUUUCAAAUAUUGUUUAUUAGCUUUCUCUUACUUGGCUCAGCUAAAAGAUGUGUGGCGGUGCUAUUAUAGCUAAUCUCAUCCAUCCCCAGCGUGGUGACCGCAGCGUCACCGCUUCUGACCUCUGGCCUAACCCUGACUCGUUUUUCUCCAAACUCACUCCUUUCGAGUCCCAUCGGGACACAUUCAUCAACCCCGAUUCUUUCACUCGUAAAAGAUCCCAGCUUGCUUCAGGUGAUGCGCAAGUAGAUAAAACCCCUGUCAAGAGACAGAGAAAGAACCUCUACAGAGGUAUAAGGCAACGCCCCUGGGGAAAAUGGGCAGCAGAGAUUCGUGAUCCAAGGAAAGGAGUCCGUGUUUGGCUUGGCACCUUUAAUACUGCUGAGGAAGCUGCUCGAGCCUACGAUAGAGAAGCCCGUAAAAUUCGCGGCAAGAAGGCCAAAGUCAAUUUCCCGAACGAAGAUGACGAAUACAGCAUUACCCAAAACCCACCUCCUCUAACCCAGCAUAUUGCUUGUAAUUUCAGCAAUCUCCCGAAGACUUGUAAUUUUGGGUUUGGUUAUGACCUAAAUCAGAUCGGAUCUUAUUCUUCAAAUUCUGGGUCUGUUACAGAGGAGGAAGCUUGCCCAGGAGUCAGUAAACAGAAUGUGAACAGCAAUAACUACAUAGGAGAAGUGAAAGUGAAACAGGAAGAGGCGAAAAUGGAGGUAGAGAAGGUGAAUAAUGGGGAGACGGUGAUAAUUGACUUGGAAUCUCGGCAGCAAGAAAACGAGGUGCAGAAACUGUCGGAGGAGCUAAUGGCUUAUGAAAAUUACAUGAAAUUCUAUCAGAUACCUUAUCUCGAUGGACAAUCACCGGCCCCAAAUACUGCUGCUGCUGCUCAGGAAAGUGUUGUUGGGAGUCUCUGGAACUUCGAUGAUUAUGUUGAUGAUGCUGUUGUUUCUCUCUGAUGACAACCGAAUUUUCUGGUAAUUUGGAGUUUUGGGUGGUUUUGGGUGUGUAAAUACCGGGAACUCUUGAAUUUUGGUUAUUGGGGGUUAUAAUCUUCCCAGGAUUAUUAUGUUUUAUUUUGUUUGUUAGAAAAAGAUUUUCAUUGGUCUCUAAGUGUAAUUUUCUUUUUUCCUAUUGAAAAUUCAAAUGUUUAAGCAACUGUAUUCAAAUCA